AUGUCCAGCACUGCUAUUCCCGAGGGCAACGUCGGCAACCUGACGACCGAGCAGGAGACAAAACUCCGCCAGUUCUGGGGUACUAUCUUCAAGCUCUACGACCUGUACGAGUCCAAGGACCCCGAGAUCCAGGCCGCGCUCAAGAACUGUGCUACCCAGGCCGCUGCUCCCGCUCAAAAGUCGCGUUUCGGCCUCUUCGGCGGCGGCAAGAAAGCCAACGCUGAAGACAACAAUGCCACGGCCCUCAUUGAGAAGCAGCUCGGCCUAGGUGCUGCUGAUGAGAAUGACAAGUUUGGCUUGCGCAAGCAGUUCAUGGAGAUGCUCAGCAAGCACUCGGCCGAUUCUGCCCGUUCCAUGAUUUUCGAAGCUGUCAAGCAUGAUCACCCCGACGCCCUCGCCCUGCGCUUUCUGCGUGCCCGCAAGUGGGAGGUGGAUCGCGGCAUCAUCAUGAUGUUCUCCGCCAUGGAAUGGCGCACGAGCAAGUCCAAGGUCGACAGCGAUAUCAUGUACAACGGUGAUGGUGGCGGCGCUCGUGAUGAGAAGAGCUCCGACCCCAACACCAAGAUUCUUGCACAUGAUUUCAUGCGUCAGCUUCGUAUGGGCAAGGGCUUCCUUCACGGCACCGAUAAGCUGGGCCGUCCCAUCAGCUACGUCCGCGCCCGUCUGCACAAGCCUUUCGAUGGCAAGAACGAGUCUCUUGAACGCUUCAUUGUCUACAACAUUGAGACUGGUCGCAUGGUCUUGGAAGCACCCAUUGAGACUGCCUGCCUGGUGUUUGACCUGACUGGCUUCACUCUGGCCAACCUGGACUACGUCCCCAUCAAGUACAUUAUCCAGUCCUUUGAGGCCAACUACCCCGAAUCUCUGGGUGUCAUCCUUGUCCACAACGCCCCGUGGGUCUUCAAGAGCGUCUGGAAGAUCAUCCAAGGCUGGCUGGACCCCGUCGUCGCCAGCAAGGUCAACUUUACCAACGGCCGCGAUGGUGCUGACGGCAUCACCAACCACAUUGCACCCGAGAGACUGAUUAAGGAGCUCGGUGGUGAUCUGGACUGGGAGUACAAGUACGUGGAGCCCAUCGAGGGCGAGAACGAUGUGAUGAAGGAUACCACCACCCGCGACCGUCUCCUGGCAGAGCGCAAGCAGAUUGGCCAGCAAUUCGAGGCGGCAACUAGAAAGUGGGUUGAAAAGUCCACCCCCGAGACCAAUGCCGAGCGCACCCGCCUAGCCAAGGAGCUCGGAGUCAACUACUGGAAGCUGGACCCCUACAUCCGCGCCCGUAGCAUGUACGACCGCAACGGCAACCUGCGCGGCGGCAAGAAGGCCGCCUGGUACGAAGACGAAAAGGCCGCGGCGGCCUUGGAAGACAAGGCCGGCGACAGAUCCACUCUCCAGUCGGAGGAUACGUUUGUCGAUGCCGGUAACGACGCGGCGGUAGCCCUCGGCUCCCUCAAGAUUGACGAAAAGACCCCGCUGCCCACCACUGCCAACGCGGUUGCUGCUUGA